AUGCCUCGCCUCAUUUCACGGACUCCCUCCGCCAUAUGCUCAGACGAGGCUCGAAUGGUCGGAAAACGUGAAUCAAAUCUUACUCAUGAGCUCACCGUUGCAAUAGCCCAGCCGGAAGACAGCGGCUUGUUGCACUGCAUUCUGCCGAGUGGCAAACGAAGUACGAUCAGAAUGAGGGUCGAGGAGCGAUUCUGUCCUCCACAACGCAAUUCGUCUCAUCUUUCCGUCUACCUCACUCGACGUAAUCUUUUCAUCGGCACUGUGGCUCAGUUUUCCUGUCCAGUCGGCUUCAAACCAGACGGCUAUACAACAUCUGUUUGUGAAGAUGACGGUACUUGGAGUCAUUCGCCCCCAAAGUGUCAUGGUGAGUUCUACACCGCUUGCUUAAUCUGA